ACUCUGGAGCGCCAUUUUGGAUUCCAAAUAUCGUAUCAGCUAGGAGGUUGAAAGUCCGAAGAAACUUGAUCAUACUUUUCUCGAAAUCGCGCUUUUAUGGACAAAUGCUCACAUAAUCGUGUAGGUGAGACUCUCAGCUUUCAUUUUGUGCCCGAUUUGUUUCAUACUUUGCUGGGAAUCAAAAUAUUUUGCCUUGGAAAGAUUCCGAGAUCAUUUCGCUCUUGAUCAGGAAAAUAUCGUCAAACUGGUUGGUAACAUAUCACUGGGCGUAAUAUGCUCGAUGCGUGUAUGUUCCGUUAACACUGCUAAUGUGUGUAUCCCACACACACACACACACACAGGAUCGUAGGGCAUCAAUACGUGGAGCGCGCGAAUGAUUCUUUUUUGUCCAAGCUGAAAUCUCUCUCCGAACAAUAAGGUACGAAACACUGGCAAGUUUAUUCUUAUUAAACCCAUGUUUGGUGGUCUGUUAACCUUAAAGGAAUUAAGGAUACUCAGUUUUCCUGAUUCUUGUGAUCAGUUCUUGAUAUCAGAAAGAUGGGACAACAGAUUUCAUUUUCAUCCUAAAUAUUUCUGACGGGAUCCGGAGUCUGCUCAAGUUGUCACGUCAUUAACUUCAUACACAAGUUACCGUUCAGUAUUUGCUUGUACGUCUCUCUGCAUCUUAUAUCACAUACCGCAGGCGGGUUAAUAAACUGUAUGAAGGAUCUCGUGCGCCGCACGAAUAGGAGUUUCCAAUCGCCCUCAAAACUCUCUUGCAAAAGUGCUCCCUAUCCCUCUUUGUAAUCAAGCGCUUCAAUAUACAGUCGCGCGAUGCCAGUUACUGUAUAAAGGAUAAGCCCCAUGUGCUCAUGGUCCUUAGCUGGUUGUUGUGGCAUGCGCCUGUAAUCCAAGCUAUGUGGGAAGUUACACAGAUUGAUGCAGAGGUUUGAGGUUCGAGCCCUGGUCACGUCGUUCUGAUGGUGACAUUAAAGAGCUUUGAUGAUGGUGUUUUGAAUCAAGACCACUGAAAACUAGAAAUCUGCCAGCAUGUUAGAGGAUAUAGGAGCAGGUAUCAAAGCCCCUUCUGGGCUAGAGUUCAGGCAGUCUAAGAUGGAACCAACUCUAAUGGGAGUAUGGGCAAAGAAAUCUGUUAGGAAGGGACGAACCUUUGGGCCUUUCAUUGGUGAGAAGAGAGAUUGCAGUGAGGUCUUAGAUGAUACAUACUCUUGGGAGAUCCGAGGGCCUAAAGGAGUACGGCUUUACAGCAUUGAUGCAUCAGAACCUUCUAAAGCAAACUGGAUGAGGUACGUGAAGAGUGCCAGAAGUUUUGAGGAACAGAACAUGAUUGCUACACAGUACAAGAGAAAUAUCUACUACAGGACACUAAGGCCUAUAGCUGCUGGAGAAGAACUGAUGUGUUGGUAUAAGAACCUGUCACCCACGGCGCGUCCAUUAGAGACAGCCGAGUCAUUAGAGAUGGAGGAGAGUGAUGGCGCCCUCAACACUUCGGGAGAAAGCAUCACAAGUGCCAAGUCUGAUGGCAAUGAAUCUAAAUCAGAUGGUGACAGCUAUGAUAUGCAGAUGCCAAUCUUGGAGAAAAUGGAGACAUCAGAUAUUGUCCCAUCCCAGCUGGACACCAACAUGUCUACAGAGUCAGAGAACAGAGCCAAGGUACCAAGUCACCUUGAUGUUAUGGGUCAUGAUGAGAUGGAUGACAAGGUUGCAGAACCACCUCUCAUCUCUCCCAUCUAUCCUUCCAACAGCCAACACUCAGCCAACUUCUCCUCCAUAACAGCUGGGGUUGACAUAGGUGGUGUUGGAGAUAGCAACAUUCAGAUCCAGGAACCUGAUAUCUCAUCCAGUGAUGCCACCUCCCACUAUAUGGCAAGUUCUGAAGAAACUAUGGAAGGACAUGUGGACUCCACCUCAAUCACUGAUUCAAAAGACAAUGUGAAAGGUGUUGUUGCUAAAAAGAAGAGCAAAGCGGAUUUGAAACGUCAGCUUAAAGGUCAGGGUGGUGCUCCAAAGAAGAAAACUAGGGUUGGCCAAAAGAUAGUGGGAGCACCAAAGUCUCAGAGGUCUGUGACGAUGAUGGAAAAGGAUAACAAGAUACCAGUAGAUGAAGAUGGGAAUAGUGUCGCAGUGAUUGGACCUGAUUGUGUCAUUACAUUUCCUGAUGGAAGUGAACUAUUCGAAUGCCAAUUUUGUCCAAAGAGAUGUCGUUUUCCCAACGGCCUCAAAUUACAUCUUAAGCUGAAGCACCAUGUUAUGAAAAUCACAGUGGAAGGUGUUAAUACAACAAAGUGGGGAAAAGGAUUAGGACCUGAUGAUAUCAAAAACAGAAAGAAAGCAAAAGUAAAGAAAGAGGAAGAUAAAGUGAAAAAAGACAAACUAAUUCAGGAAACUGUUGAUAUUGUAAAGACUCCUCCAGAGGAAAUGAAAAAGCCUCCAGUCUCUUUGUCUGCUAAGAAAAGUCCAAAGAACACUAAAAAGGGACAGUUCAACUGUCACCUAUGUAGCAGGACAUUUAUGUAUGCAACAUGGAGGGAGAAACACUUGCUGAGACACAAGGUUGAAGGGAGUAAGGAAAUGUUCCUCUGCCCUGAAUGUCCAAGGAGGUUUGUUACAGAUGGAGACUUGACAAAGCAUAAGCUCACCCACAGAUCACUUCCUCAGGAUCUAACUACAGAAAGUGAAUCAGAUGUUCCUGUUCAAGGGCCAGGCCAAGAAAAUGCUGUGGAACUCCAGAUAAAUAGUCCAGGUGAUGAAAUAGAUAAUGGUGUUGCAUCAGAAACAUCUGAGGCUCCAGUAGUGAAGAGUCCAGUUCAAGAUGUUCAUUCAUCUGUGACGACGUCUUUUGAAAGUGCUGAUGGGACUGACAAAGGAACAUCUGAUGAUCAGGAUGUAGCAAGGAGACGAACCAUUACCAACAGGAAAGGUGCUCUGAAGAAGGUUGCUUCAUGCAAAAUAUGUGGAAUUGAAUUUGUGUCCUCAUCAAAUCUCCAUCGGCAUCUUAGGAAGAGGCAUGGACUGAAUCUUGUGAAGAAACAAGGACCAAAGUCAUCUGGAGAGAGUGAUGUCAAAACAGAAGGUAUCCCUGAUGAGGAGAAAGAAUCAACAGCCAGUAUGAAAGCAGAGGUGAUGAAUAAGCCUCUUUCUCAAGAAAGCUUGUUAAAUGUUCCCAUAGUGAAUCCAUCACAAACAAAGGGGCACAUGAAGACAAUGGCCAAUAUGACUAGGAUGAUCAGAAGGAAGCAUGCUACUGCAGUUCUUCAGAGCAUGAUGAAAGAGAAGAAGCUUGGUGGAGAGGACUCAGUAGGUGACCAAAGCAAAAUACGAGCCAAGCUGCAUGCUGCAUUGAAACAUGGAAAGAAUGCAAAACGCAAGCAAGGUUUUAAGAGGAUUGAGCAAGUUGCUUCCCUCACCGGUCUUACUGGUGAGCCAUGCCACACUGAAAUACCAAACCAAAUAUGUCCUUGGCAGAGCAACGUAAAACCGCAUCCCUUCAUCCCUAAGAAACCACCUACCCCACAGAGUGACCUGUUAAGUCCAGGACCUUCGUCCAGCAAUAUUGAAGUCUUGGACCUAAGAGUGAAGAAGCCUAGGACAGAUACCUCUCAGAAGCAGAAUACAACUCUAUAUAUCUCGGCAGAUUCAUCACAACCUUUGGAUCUAUCAUGCCAUUCUCGUCCAGUGGUGCAAAUCCCCAAGUACCAGGUUACUCGAAAACAAACUCCUACAUCUCCUGUUGCAUCUGCCUCUCCUGCAUUCACUAGUCAUCAAGAGGUAAAGACAAUAACAAGAUUUAAUAUAACCCCUCGCAUGAAGUCAACAGGUUGGAGAUCUUCUACUUUGACCACUUCUUUGGAAUCUGCAGAUCUUGAGAGGCCAACCAAGUUUUCAGUCCUGGAUGCAGCCAUCACAUGUAAUGUUUGUGAGCUUCCUUUUGAUUCAAUGAAGCUCCUAACCCAACAUGUGGUAGCCCAUGCAGAGGACUAUCCUUACAAGUGUGAGUUUUGUGUGAAGCUCUUUGAGACAACAGAUAGUUUGGCAUCUCACAGGUAUGACUUACACAGAGUUGGCAAGAUGUACUGUUGCUCCGAGUGUCAGCAAGAGUUUGCCUACCUUUCAAAUCUCAAGCAGCACCAAGUAGAUAUUCAUUCAGAUCACAUGUGUUCGUAUACAGAGCGGGGGCCUGAGGAGAUCAGACCACAAAAUUUCACUGACCCCACAAAAGCCAUACAGACACCACCGAUCCUACCAGAGCCUAGAGAAAGGAUAUCCCUCAUUGCUCAUGAAAUGAGCAAAGUGAGUCCUUCCAAGUUUGGUCGUUUCACCUCGACCCAUAUAGCAGACACCAAAAACACUCCUCGAAAGAAAUCUAAGAAAAAAAAAGAUGUUCCGUGCAAUCCUCAAAGACAUCAUCCAUUCGCCCAUGCACGAGAGAUCGGAUACCUUAGUACCCUACCAGAUGGCAGUGUUACAAGUGGAAAGACUGUAAGCCACUUCGAAAUGACUACAAAUAAUCGCUGCACCAAAUGCGCCAAAGUAUUUUCCAGUACUGCUGAUCUGCAUGUACACAUCAUGGAGUGUGCUGCUGCUAAUGUGCCAGGGAAGCAAAAAACCCCUGUCAAGACUCCUGUCAAGACUCCUGUCAAGACUCCUGCAAAGGUUGCUGACAAAAAGAAGCUGACCCAGGAAGAGAAUAAGCAAAAGAAUGCCAAGGUCAGGAGGAUCAGGAUCCAAGCUGCUAAGAGGAGCAGAAGCAGAGCCAUUCAAAAAACCAGUGAGAGUGAAGAGAGUGAUGCAGCCCAGAAGCGGAAGAGAGCUCGUCCUGGACUCAAGAUGUACAACCCUCUUAAUCAUACAAGGAGAAGGGCCAGUGCAAAUAUUGUGGAUGUCCAUGCUUGCCUUGGCUGUGGGAAACAGUUCCACUUCAUCAAUGGUCUGGAGAGGCAUAUGAAGCUAUGUCCAAAUAAGGAUAAGCUCUUUAAUAAGAACACAAAUCCAUACUAUGCUCCUCGUAAUAUGAACCAUCAAUGUGCCUACUGUGCUCGCCAGUUUGUCUACCUCAGAAGCCUCAAGAAACAUAUCUCAAGCUGUCCUUCCAGGCCACCAGAUGCUCCCACCUCUGUACCAUCCCUGAUUGUUUCCUUGGCUGCUGCGGCAACAUCAGGAGAGUCCGUCACAGUUUCUACUGCAUUCUCCCCAGCUACCACCGUUACUCCUUCAACUUCUGCCUUCACACCUAUCCCUGCUACUAAUCCUAGUUGUGCAAUAACAGCCAAGACUGAAAUCCCCCAAAAGGGUUCUUCACUAGAAGUUACCUCAGAUAUCCUUAAGAAUAAUGUUUCUCUCGAAGCAGCUACUAAAACAAAUGAUAAUUUAGUCAAGGAUGAGGUGCAAGGUGUCGUCUCAACUGUAGGUGGGGAAUCUUCCAUUUCAGGAACUCCAAGAAAAGCAAGGAGAAAGAGGAGGAGGUUGGAUCCAUACAGCAAGAAGAAGAAACGAUCCAGCUCACCAAGGUCAAGGCAAAAAAUGGAGAUUGAGGUAGAGGACGAGGAUUAUGAUGUGGAAGGUGAUGAAUAUGAAGAUGGCGGUGAUGAAGGAGAAGAGAAAGAGAUGAUACAGAUAGAUGCAGAAAGCAGUCUAGAUAAAGGAACUUGUGUAAAGGUAGAAGAUAAGGCGCAACAAAAAAUAGAAAAUGGUAGAGAAGAGGCAAAUGGGGACUUAAAAACAAUAGAGGAAAAUGAUGCUGAUUGGAAGAAAAGAAUUAACGAAGACCAACAGAAAAUGAAAGAAAAUAUUAAAAUUUGUGAGACAAAGGAACACAUCAUAGAAAACAAAGAAAAGAUAAGUUCAUUGCAGCAUACUGGUAAAAUCUUAGUGGACGAGAAGAAAGAUACAGACAACUGUACAGAGCUUAAAGAACCUGAAAAAGCCAAAGACAAACAAUUGGACAAGGAAGUGAGUUGUGUUGCUUCUGAUGUCACAAUGAAGGAACGGAUGAGCUGUAAGAAUGAUGCAGAAAUGAAUUGUACAAGUGAAGGUCCAUCAGGAAAUGGACAAGAAAAUAAAGACUAUGAGCUUCUGAAAGAAAAUGAGGUAGCAAAGUGUAGCAGAAAAGAAAAUGAAGAACAAUUUGAAACAGAUAAUAAAUGCAGAUGAAACAGGCCUAUCUUGGAGAUGGAUGCAGGUAAUACAAGGAGAAAUAAGACCUUGACCUUUUGAAUGUCACUCUUAUCAGGGAUGAGCUGUAGGAUAGUGUUAUAUAUAGUACUACACAGAAAUUGUUUGCAGUACACAUGCUUGUGAAAUGAAUUUGAAAUAGUGAAGGCAAGUGUAGUUUUUUUUUUCCAUUGAACCUAUUUAACUGUAUUUUUUUAGUCAUAAAAAAUUGAUGCAGAGUAGUUGUUUGGGCAGUGCAGUCUGGGGUGUCCAAGCUAUUGGAAGAAUUAUCAAAAAGAAAUUUAAGGCUUUGAAUAUCCCAACAGUUUCACCAAGAGCAUAUUAAUGGUUGGCAUUUAUAGGACAAGGCGUGUAUACCGUGUCUGUAGUUUUUAAAAUUUAUUUUUAUAUCUAAAAUGUAGCACAUGUGGCUUGCCCUUCACUCCUUACAUGAUGUAACGAGUGAAGUACAAGCCAUACGUGCUACAUUUUAGAUAUGAACAUAGUAAUGUUUUUUUUGGGAAAAGCAGUGCAAUGUUUUUUUUUUCACUGAAUUUAAGCUUGUCUUACCUUGUUUAAUGCUGCAUCAUCCAUAGUUCCUUGGAGGAAAAUAUUGGUAAAUGUUUGGUUAAAAUCUGUUCAAGUUUUGAUUUUUGUCUCGCCUACAUAGCAGAGGGAAACUAUAGGCGCCGCUUUUCCGACAGCGACAUCGUCGUCAUGUCAAAUCUUAACCCAAGAUUAAGUUUUUGAAAUGACAUAACUUAAAAAUAAUAUGGACCUAGUUCUUGAAACUUUGUCAUAAGGAUAAUAAAGUAUGACUGAACAUCCUGCUUUGGUUUCAGAUCACAUGACCAAGGUCAAAGGUCAUUAGGGUCAAUUAACUUAGACCAUGCUGGGGGGAAUCAAUAUCGAAAUCUUAACCUAAAGUUAAGUUUUUGAAAUGUUAACUUAGAAAGUAUAUAGAUCUAGUUCUAGUUUAUGGAAAGAGUUCAUAAAACUUGGACAUAGAGUAAUGAAGUAUUGCUGAACAUCCUGUGCGAGUUCCAGAUCACAUGAUGAAGGUCAAAGAUUAUUUAGGGUCAAUGAACUUUGGUCAUUUUGGAGGUAUUUGUUGAAUUACCAUCAUAACUUUAAAAGUUUAUGGAUAUGUUUAAUGAAAUGUUGACAUAUGGGUAAUCUAAUAUCAAUGUUUUUUUUUUUUGGGGGGGGAAUAAUUAUUUUAUAGCCAUUUUCAAAGUCAUCACUGCUGCUUUAUUGAAUCGCGUAAUCCAGGCAAGACUGCCUUAGGCAGUGCACUCCACUUGGUUUUUUACAGCACAGAUGAGUAGCUCCUCUUCAUGUUGAUAUAAAUAUAAAAAAUGCCUAUUGCUAGAAAAAUUGAAAGUAAUUGUAUUUGUGAGGGUGGAUACUAUCAUUAGACACAUAAUUUUAUAAUCCCUCCUAUAAGCAAAAUAUCUUUAUCAUGUUCCAUUGAAAAAAAAAAGAAUUUAUAUUACAUGAUAUAUGGAUACCUGCUCGCACUUGACGUCACAAAUUAAAAACCUUAAACAAUAAUUUUCUCUAAUUUUUCUGCUUUUAUUAAAACUACUAGUAUAUUAUUAGGAUGACUUUCUCUUUAAUCACAGGUAAUGAUAAAAGAGUGAAAAUUGAAAAAAUAAAGUGUUCACGAUUCUAACUGGGAAAGAGAAUGUUAAUGUCUAGAAAUGUGAAAAAAGUUUGUUUCAACUUCUCACCUUAUAUUUCAGGGCUGUAAAAAUGCCCUAUAAAUUCAGCAAGAAACACUGAAAUGACCAAAAUAUCUUCUCAGUUGUCAUGUUAUUAAUAUUAAGAUUUGGGGUCUAAAUCUUUAUACAUGAUCGCAUGAUUGAUGAAUUGAUUAUGAAAUGAUUGCAUUUAAAAUCAUUCAUAUUGUUAUUAUUCCAUGUCCUUUUGUAUUCAAUAUAGAAAUUAAUGGAGUUAGUUGCUAAACCUUAGGAACAAUCUUCUCAAAAUCUACCUCCUCCCUGAUACACACCAUCCAUACUCUCUUAUACAUGCUGUUUUAACAAUUUUGUGUCAAUUAUUCCUUAAUUUUUCUUUAACUUCGAUUUGGCACAAUAAUUUUGUGAUUAAUAAAAGCCAAGUUGCAAGAUUCAGAAGUGAAAUCAACAUAGGUGUUUUUAUUUUAAAAAUCCUGUUAGCUUCCUAACUUCUUGUAUUUGAUAAAAAGAGUGAAAUGGAAAGGUUUGGAUGCUAAGAAUGUUGAAAUUAGCAAAAUAUUAAAUUCAAAAUUAUAGUUGCCUCAAAGAAAUUUCCUCUAUUGUGUAUUGGUUAAAGAGAUAUUACAAAUUGUGUUAGUAUUAUAGCAGUGACAAUAAAAUGUUUUUUUUUCAAUCAAAGACUUGUACUGAAAAGGUUAACAAUUUCUUUGCUAUAGGCAAUCACUGUAACCAGCACCGACUUGCUUGUAUUAAUACUUUUAUUUCAUUAAUUUUAUUAGAACAAAGAAUUGUGUCAGCCAUAAACAAGCUCUAAUUUUAUGUAAUACACACAGAUUUGGUCUCAUUUGGUUAUCAAUUCUAGUUUACCUUCAAAGUCUUAUUAUUUACAUCUCAUUGGCGAGACUAAAGUUGCAGUUAGUGAUUUCAACUGACAACAUUGGUCUAGGCUACUAAUAUGCAAGGCCAUUGGGUUAGCUGUAGUAUAAUUCAUGAAGUAGCAAGGUUUUGCAUGAAUUUGUCUAACAAAGAGCUUUGAUUGAUCUCAUCAAUCAAAGCUGUGAAAUUUAGUCAAUGUAAUCUUUAUAUUUUAUCCAAUGUACCUUUUGAAACAGCAGAGCAUUUUAUUGUCAAGGCACUGAAGCAUGUGCAUAGAUUAUAUUUAAAAAAAAUCAUUUGACAUUCCCAAAUUGUUGGGUUUCUUUUUUUUUGUAGUUAUUGGAGGGUUUCUUUUUUGUAGUUAUUGGAUCAAAUGCAACUCUUUGUAAUACAGAUCAUUGAUCCUUUGUAGAACCCCAUAACAUUCAGAAGUGGAUCAACAUAAACAUGGCUAGUCACAUUAAAUCUGACAAAAUUAUCUCCUUUAUUCCAAUUAUGUUUUUAUACCAGUAUUUAUUCUUGUAAUAUGAUAAUUGGUCUAUUUUUGUCACCUAAUAUGAUCUGGACAUUCAAGUGCCAUAGGUAAUUGUUAAAUCUGUUAUGAAACCUACAAUGUAAUUCACUGUAAUUCAUUUCUCAUUUAGCUUUAUUUUGGUAUAUAUACUGUAAGUAAAACCACUUCAAACAGCCAAAAUGUCAUUAAUUCUAUCGUUAAUCUAGCAUUGGUUAUUUAAUGAGAAACUAAUCUGAGAUUUUUGUUGACCUGUUUACCUGGCUCUUUUUGGCUGGAAUUGUCAAUAGCUCUCAAAUGAAUGAGAUCCUGUUUUAUUAUCAAUUAUUAUCAAUUUAUUGACAUAUGAAACGUAAGGUAUAUAUAUAGUUGUAUAUUUUCUUUAGCUCAUUGGAAGUGAAAGAAAGUAUUUAAUAUCCAUUAGAAGUAAUUUUAAUUAGGUUUUAAUUAGAUUUUUUUGUAAUGAGGAAACAAAAGAGUUUUAAAUAGCUUUUUAAUUUUUGGCAAGUUUAUACUUUUUAAGUUAGAUAUUCUACAUAUUUUCACUGGAAGUUGAAGUUCUUCAAAAAAAAAGAUGACCUGAGUUAAUAGAAAUGGUUUUAACAUGUUAUUAUUUGUGAUUUAUGUAAAUGUAUAAGACAGUCUUAGUUUAUAACAUGAAUCAGGGGUGUGUUUCAUGGAACAUGUUAUCUGUGAUUUUCCUUCAAUAAUUUCUCUCUGAGCCAAUCAGAGGCAAGCAUUUCAGUAACUUAUAACAAAAUACUUGGUGAAAACUCACAUGUAAUAUCUGUUUCACAUUGUUUAAUGCCCUGUGAAGAAUAGACAAAAUAAAACAAACAUUUGUGAUUAGAAUACUUUGUCUGAAUUGAAAAACUGGUUUGAAACAUGGUUCAAACAAUUACUGUGAAUUUAGCUUGAUUUGUUUGAACUUCCUUGAAUUUGUAUUGCAACAUUACAUUUUUGGAUACCAUUCAGCCCUGAAUAAUGGUGAUAACAACUAGGACAAUGUUACACAAAGGAUUACAAUUGAUUGCAAAUAUGAAAGAACAAUUCUGAUUUGUUACUGGACAUUAUUCUUAACAUCUUGAUUGGCCCUUUCUAUCUCUUACUAUAUUGUAAUACUUUGUGUAAACCCUCUUUCAUUCUGCUUCCACUUGAAUUGCAGUUAGUAAAUUCUUUUAUUUGAUACUUCCUUGAAACUUCCACAAAUCCAUUACAUGUACUCCUGUAUCUUUGUACAAUACUCAUUACUGUCAUGCUGCAUUAUGAUGAAUAGCCUUAUUAUACAUUAUAAUUAUGCCACAGUGACAUUGAUGGUACUCCACAUAAAGCUCUUUUCAAUGACAUACCAUGGGUCAGUUUAGAGUCAGUUUCACUGAUGUGACUGUGAAACCUUUGUAAACCUAUAAGUUGGUAUUUCUACAUUAUUGAUCUAGUUAAUACUGAAUGAACUUGUACUCACUUGAACAAAGUGGUCCCUUUAUACAGGAUUUUCCAAAGGGGGGGGGCACAUUUUCCCCAAGGUAAAAUUUGACAAGCAAAACAAAGACAUUUUAUCCAAGAAAAAUUUGACAAGCAAGCAAAAAAAAGUUGUCACUCUAAAAAAAAAAGGUGUGGGGGAGAGGGGCACACUUCUCUUUUAACGGCAUUUUUACAUUACAAAUUUUAAUUGUGCCUCUCAAAAGGGGGAGGGGCACGGGCCGGCUUUGCCCCCCACUCCUGGAUCCAUCUGCCAGUGCCUGUAUAAUUCCUCUGGAAAUUAGAGAAAUUAGUCAGUUAAACCCAUUGCCUACGGGUACAAUGCCUAUGGGUAUCACAUAGGUUGAUAGUUAUGAUAACCAUAUAAGUUUGUACUCCAUUACAUUGAUUUAGUUUUGGGCAAGUAACCCAGUUGACAAGAUCCAACUUGUAAAUCAACAUGUAAUAUUGAUUCUUAGAUGUCAUAUUACAGAUUAUCUGAAAUGAAAUUCUUACAUUUGUAUCAGAGUACACAAUUUGUGUUACCCUUUAAGGCUCCUAUCCUUUGGUGUAUUGCUUUAUGUACAUAUUUUUCUGACAUGUUGGAUUAUACCACUAUCUGAACAACAGAAUGGUUUUAGGGUUCAGAUAGAUUCUUAUUUAAAAUAUCUUUUUAUACAUUUUGACAGUCAAAAAAGGUGCUUAGAUAAGAUCUUUUUUCUGGAAAUAUGUUAUAGGUACAGUUAUUGAACUUGAAAUCUAAAAUUGUGAUGCUGUUUGAGUAAUGAUAGGCAACUUGAUAAAAGCCUGUCCUAUGUUUUUAAGCAGACAUCCCUCAGUGGCUUUUACAGUGGCUUUCAUGCAUUCCCCAUUGUUUUGUGUUUUCUGAAAUGGAACAGAA